AUGAAGCAACCACUACAGUGUCGAUUGAUUAUACAGGAUGCAAGGCGCAAGAAUUUAAGUGCUGUUGCUCUUCUUGAUCCUUCACCUAAGUAAAUCACUAUAAGGAAGGCUUCUGUAGGUGGAUUAAAGAAUAAGGAAAAUAUGAAUAGCAAUGACACCUAAAGGAAACAAAAAUCAUCCUAAAAUACGAAUACGGAGGAUAUUAGAAAAUAAAUUAGCUAAUUAAUUAAAAAAACAGCUUAAUCUCAAAGAACCAAAUUGAAGAAAAUAGACAUUGGAUGUCAAGAAUAGAUAGAAAUCAAUGAUCAAAAAGAAGGAAUAUUUGAUGAAAUGACAUUGAGACUAUUAUAUUAAAAAGAAUUGGAAUAUAAAAUUCAUCCAUAGUUCUUUGAACAUUAAUGUCAUAUAUCUCCAUUAAUGAGAUCAAUUUUAUAUGACUGGAUUAGUGAAGUCUGUAAAGAAUUCACAUUAAAGAGAGAGACCUUCCAUUUAUGUAUUCAUAACUUGGAUAGAUAUAUGUCUAAAGUCUCCGUCACUAAAUCAGAACUCCAAUUAUGUGGCUUAGCAAGUCUAUUAAUUGCAUGUAAAAUUGAAGAAAUCUAUCCACCAAAAGUAAAUGAUUUUUCAUCAGCUAGUAAUUAUGGAUUCACCGAGCAAUAAAUCUUAGAUAAAGAGUAAUAAAUAUUAACUGAAUUAAAGUGGAUGAUCAAUCCACCUACUCUCUAUCUUUGGAGCUCAUGGUACUUAUCCUAAUGGGAUAUAUAUUAUCCUUAGGCCAAUCUAUAAAUUAAAUAACCAACAUAAUCAUCAUACACAUUAUUCAGGCAUUUUAUGAACUUUUUAGAUUGUGUAGUUUUAGACAUUAAAUUAUAUCAAUUUACCAAUCGAGAAAUAGUUUCAUCCUUACUUUAUUUGGUUUUACUAAAACAAUAUUGUGGAUGUACUUAUCAAAGAAUAGUGGAAAAUAAAGUUCAAGAGAAAGAUGUGCUUGAUUUUUAGCGCAUUUAUAAACCAUUCGUUGAACUUGUGUUUGGUUUUCAAUUUAGUUAAUUAAGUAGAUGCAUUAGAUAUCUUACCAAAUUUUUAAUAUUAGAUAUAGUUGUUGAUUAACCUGGCACAACCAAAGUUGUAGCCGAAAAAGAAUUAGUAGAGGUUUAUGAGUAUUUCUUAUCAAUUCAGACACACAAUCCAGCAGGUCUCUAAUUAAUUAGAAAAUGA